CCUACUACUGCCUUGCCAUGGCGGCCUUGACAUGUCGCGCGUCCCUCCUCCUACUGCUCGUGCUACCCUGCUGCAUCCUGCACCCCGCGGCCGCCCAGGCCGCCGACGAGAGGCAUUCGCUGAUGCAGAUCAAGCGCGCGUGGGGCGACCCGCCCGUGCUCGCGGCAUGGAACGGCUCGAGCGACCACUGCACCUGGCCCUACGUGACCUGCGACGCGUCCUCCGGGCGCGUCACCAGCCUCUCCCUCGCCAACACCGGCGUCGCCGGCCCGUUCCCCGACACCAUCGGCGGCCUCUCCCGCCUCACGAGCCUCAACAUCUCCAACAACGACAUCACCAGCGCCUUUCCGACCAGCCUGUACCGAUGCGCUUCGCUCCGGCACCUCGAUUUGUCACUUGCCUACCUCCACGGCGAGCUCCCCGCGGACAUCGGCAACGGCAUGCCGCUGCUGCAGGCAAUGAACUUGUCCGGUAACCAGCUCUCUGGCGAGAUCCCAAGGAGCGUAGCCAAGCUCAGCUACCUGACGCAGCUGGACCUGAGCAGGAAUCAGCUGGCCGGCGAGAUACCGGCUGAAUUGGGCGCCAUGCGGGUGCUCGACGCACUUGACCUGUCGUCAAACAAGCUAUCCGGCGACAUGCCGCCGCCGCUUGCCUGGCUACAGCUCAGCUCGCUCAACCUGUCAUCCAACCAGCUCCAAGGCCAGGUACCGGCAGGGCUCGCCACCGCCGCUUACGACCGGAGCUUCCUCGAUAACCCCGGCCUCUGCCAUGCCGAUCUGGGGCCAGGCUACCUCACAGGCGUGCGCAUCUGUGCCGCGGGAUCACAAGCCGCCUCCUCCUCCGGGGGCAUGUGGCCGGCGCUCCGCACUGGCCUCCUGUUCAUUGGCGGCACGCUCGUUGUCCUCAUCGUGGCCUUGGCCUUCUUCAUCGUCCGCGACAUCAGGAAAAGGAAGCGCGCCGCACAGGACGGUGGCUGGAAGAUGACGUCUUUCCAGACCAAUCUGGGGUUCGGGGAGGCAGACAUACUCCGGGCGAUUACCGAAGAGAAUCUCAUUGGCAGCGGCUGGUCGGGGCGCGUGUACCGCGCCGCGUUACCCGCGUACACUAACCGGUACAUCGGCAAGGACAGCGCCGUUGCCGUGAAAAAAAUACGGAGCGCCCGGAAGGUGGAAGAGAGGCUGGAGCGCGAGUUCGAGUCGGAGGCCAGCAUCCUCGGCGGCGUCCGGCACAAGAACAUCGUCAGGCUCCUGUGCUGCCUCUCCCACGCCGACUCCGCCGACAAGCUCCUCGUGUACGACUACAUGGACAACGGCAGCCUCGACGGGUGGCUCCACAGGCACGCUCUCCCCAACGGCGCCGGGCACUCCGCGUCGUCCAACGAGGGUGGUUUGGACUGGCCCACGAGGAUCAGAGUCGCCGUCGACGCCGCGCAGGGGCUCUGCUACAUGCACCACGAGUGCUCCCCGCCCAUCGUUCACCGGAACGUCAAGACCAGCAACAUCUUGCUGGACUCCGAGUUCCGAACCAAGGUCGCGGACUUCGGGCUGGCCAGGAUGCUGGUGCAGGCCGGCACGCCCGACACCAUGUCCGCCGUUGCCAGGUCGUCCGGCUACAUGGCUCCGGAGUGCGCUAACACGACGAGUGUGACGGAGAAGGUGGACGUGUACAGCUUCGGCGUGGUGCUCCUGGAGCUCACCACCGGCCGGGCGGCCAGCGACGGCGGUGAGGACGGGUCCCUGGCGGAAUGGGUGCGGCGCCUGGACGAGUCAGGAAGGAGCAUCGACGGAGCCACAGAUAGUCGCAUCAGAAACGCGGGGUUCUCGGAGGAGAUCGAAUUCGUGUUCAGGCUAGGCCUGAUGUGCACGACAGCGUCCCCGCCGUCGUCGCGGCCGACCAUGAAGGUCGUGCUGCAGAUGCUGCUCAAGUGUUCCGAGCAGACGCACCAGAAGGGCAGGGCGACUCCGCUCUUGCAGACGCUCCGGGAGUACACGAGUGACUUCGACAGCACUGUCUGAAUUAAGGAGCAAGCAACAGCGCCUGUAAGCAGGCAAAGGAUGAAGCUCAUUCAAGUAGUACUACAAGUUUAGCAUACUGUAGGAGAGGAGAGGGUUACAAUUCCAAACCUAGCUCCACAUUCUUUUGAUUGAUUAGCCAGGUUCCAAAAAAAAAAACAGGUU